UCGGACAUCGUGGCAUUUCUGUGAACAAUGAGGCCAGAUGAACACAAAAAGAAGCGCAGUGCUCAGUACAACAAGAAAAAAGGGAACAAAGGCGCAAAGCCAGAGAACAAAGGAGCUGAAGGCGUUGGAAGGGAAAACCCCAAAAGUAGGCCAGCGCAGGACGAACGGCAACAACAACAACAUACUCCAGCCCGAAAUGUGCCAAAUCAAAACUCAGCAACAUCGUCUUCGGAUGAGGAGCAUAAUAUCAGCAGCCAUCGAAAGACGUUUAAAAGACGAGAGAUUGUUAGCAACUGGAAUCGCUAUGAAGUGACAGACACAGAAUCAGUGGGAGAAAAAUCUGUACCAACAGCUGUGGAUUAUGCUAAGCUGCUAAACGUGACCGGGAAUGCAUCUUCUCACUUCCGUUUUAAACAUGAGGCUGAUUGGGAGGAGGAGUUAUCAAGUUUCCAUGGAAACCAGAAUCCGAUAACCCAUGUGUUAGGAAUAGACUGCGCUAAUCUUGGUUCUUCUCUUCAGUGUUUACCUUUGUUUGAACGCCUUGGGCUGUCUGCAGAUCUCUUCCCUGCAGAGCAAAGGGAGUUGCUAAAGCAAGACGCCACUAAACAUAGACAGCAAUACUCUAAAAUACGUGAACAAACAUGCAAGUCAGGGGAGUUAACUCCUACAGGUCAAACUCUUUGGGUGGAUAAUGAAAGCACUGUGGAGGAAGAAAAUGAUGGACAGAUUCACAGAAAGUUAAAUGAAUUAUCAGCGUCAUUAAUUGGACAUGAGGAUAAACAGUUAUCAGGGAAUCAAAUUCGUGAUCCAAAACCGAAAGAACAAAAUCAGCAUACUGAAACAAAGAAUCUGGGUGAUAAUGGAUUGGGUAAUGUGAGUGGAGCAGACAGAAGAGGGGAUGAUACCCUCACUAAAGACAAAGGGGCUGACCAAGUAGAAGUGUCUGCCAGACUCGAAGAAGAGUUAGACAUAUUACUCUCCAUGGACUCAGCAUUAGCAAGUGUUACUCUUCAAAGUGUGGAGAGCACAGAGUCAGUGGCUAAGAACACAGAAGAUGUUUACAAAAAAGAGCAGAAAUCUCCUAAUGCUGGUAAGAUGUCUGUACCUAAGGAAGACAAGGAUGAAGAGCCAGGAAUGACGUCUGAGAAGGACAACUUGGAAGAUUGGCUGGACAGUAUUCUGGAUGAUUGAAGGAGGCUUCGGCAGGAGUAACAUCACACAGACAUCCUGGACCGUCACUUAACCGGAAUGGAACUGCAUAUUUUAUCGGGAUGAUCCUAACAAAGUCUGUCCGAUUUCAGAGACAUUAGUGUUUUAUCAAGGACAGGAAAUCGUCAAACAAUUUUGAGGCAAAACACUGUUUCAGUGAACCUCAUUAAAUGUACUAUUAAUCCCUGUAUCUGAAAAAGACACUUGCUAGUUUGUGGCGUCAGCGUUUCGGUUUGAGUGAGUUAGUGGGUGAGUGCUUAGGGUUUAAUAUCCUAUUGAACAAGUUUUCAGUCAUAUGACGA